AUGUUGUGUGCAUUUUCUGAGUUUACAGACAACAAAGUGGUCAUUGGACUUUUGUAUGCUGCCUUGGCAGUGGGAUGUAUCAAACUCACCACUACCACGUUGAGCCUUCUAAGUAUGGUCUUCGACUUAUAUGUACUACCAUCCGUCGAUUUUAGCAAGUACGGGGCCCAUAAAGGCAACUGGGCUGUGAUUACUGGUGCCUCGGAUGGAAUUGGUAAAGAGUAUUCCAGACAGCUUGCCAAGAAGGGAUUUAACGUUGUUUUGGUGUCGAGAACCAAGUCUAAAUUACAGACAGUCGCCAAGGAGAUUGAGGCUGAGUCCAAGGUGGAGACAAGAGUCGUGGCAUUUGAUGCUUCCAAGGAUGUUUCCGAAAACUACGAAGCAAUCAAAGAGACAACAAAGGACUUACCAAUAACCAUUUUGGUCAAUAAUGUUGGAAAGUCUCACUCAAUGCCUGUGUCGUUCUUGGAGACUGAUGAAAAGGAGAUGAAUGACAUCAUCACUAUCAAUGAUAUCACUACCUUGAAAGUUACUAGGGUUGUGACCCCUCUUAUCCUUCAUACUAUCGGUAAAUCCAAAGGUACCAAAGGUACCAGAGGUACCAGAGGCCUCAUCAUUAACAUGAGUUCAUUUUCCGGUCUCUUUCCUUCUCCAAUGUUAGCAACUUACGCAGGAUCCAAGUUCUUUUUACAAGGUUGGUCUGCUGCAAUUGCCGGUGAAUUGAAGCCCCAAGGAAUCGAUGUCGAAUGUGUUCUCUCGUAUUUAGUGACUUCUGCCAUGUCCAAAGUCAGAAGAACAUCUGCUACAGUUCCUAAUCCUAAGCAGUUUGUUGCCUCUACAUUAAGAAACAUUGGAAGAAGAGUUGGUGCACAGGAAAGGUUUGCUACAAUUACUCCUUAUCCAAGCCAUGCUGCGAUGCAUUGGAUGGUCGCCAAUACAGUUGGUGUCUUCUCCAAGGUGGCCAAUAACAUUAACUUGACUAUGCACAAGUCUAUCAGAGUGAGAGCACUCAGAAAACAGAAGAGGAUCGCCGAAAAUACGCUUAAGCACUAA